AUGAAUCUGAACUGCCAUCUCUCUGAUCUACUUUUAUUUCAUCCGGGACUUUCUCGAGCCAGCCAUCCCUUCGCCCUCCGGAUUGGGCCCUGUUUCCACGGGGAGCCAAUCGCCCUUGAGAGCGCCCGCGGCGUCAUCAGUCACCAGGCAGAGGCGGUCAGAAGCCGUCCCGAUGGCAGUAUGUACAGCAGUCUCCUGGCUCAGCCCUCUUGCAACCCCAGGACGUCCUUCCCCUGCGGUAGACAGGGGCUUCUUCUCAAUCCGUGGUGGCGAUCGGGGGUCCUGAUCCUCCCCUCCCUGGCUCUCUCUCUCUCGCUCUCCUUCUCCCGCGCUCCUCCCGGUUCAGUUCACAGGGAGGUGGAGCUGGACUUCUUCCAGGAGAGCUUCCCUUCAAGGAAGGAGGCGGGGGAACUCAUGUUCGAGUUUGACGACGAGGAGACCGUCCACGUGGAUUGGGACCAGAAGCAGAACGUCUGGAGGCUGCCGGAACUGACCCGCUUCAUGGAUUUUAACGUGCAGGGGGCGCUGGGCAACCUGGCCGUCCUGAAGAACAACCUGGGGAUCAUGAUCAAGCGCAGCAACAGGACCCAGGCGGAGGCUGCUCCUCCUUCAGCAACUGUAUAUGCUGAAGACCCAGUGGAAUUGGGGGACCCCAACGUGCUCAUCUGCUUCGUGGACAGGUUCUUCCCCCCAGUGCUGAACAUCACCUGGCUGAAGAACGGGCAGGUGGUCUCGGAGGGCGUGCAGGAGACGGCCUUCUACCCCAGCGUGGACUGGACUUUCCGCAAGUUCUCCUACCUGGCUUUCGUCCCCGAGGAAGGAGACUUCUACGCCUGCAAAGUGGACCACUGGGGCCUCCAGGAGAGUCUGAGCAAAAUCUGGACCCCCAAGGUGUCUCCUCCUGUCUCUGAGACGAUGGAGAACAUCCUCUGUGGCCUGGGCUUGACCCUUGGCAUCCUGGGCAUCAUUGCCGGCACCGUCCUCUUCUUCAAGGCCAGGAAGAGGAACAAUCGCGCCGGCACCAUAUGAUCAAGGGAUAGCCGGCCACCUCCUCUCCCUGCCAGCCACUUCCGCGAGGCUCAGAUGGUCCUCUUCUGAGCUCCUGGCGUUUGCAAAGGCUUUCCGGCUAGAACCAGCUCCCAAAAGCCUGCUGUUCUGUCUUCUGACCUCUGAGGGUCAUGGAGGUCCUUCCCCUCCUUCCCCGAAGAGCCCGCUCCCUCCUGGUCCCUCACUUCCCUGGACCUUUGCUGGGCACAUCCUGUACAGUUUGAAGCCUGGAGCUUUUCAUAACCCAAGUGCUUCUUGUAAGGGGAGACCUUUUUGAGUGCUUAAUUCUGCUCCCCUGAUGAGGCUCCCAACUUGGGAAGGGUUCCCCAUGCCAAGAGGCUUCCCUGUUUGAUCCUGGAGCCACUGCCAGAGAUUUCCCCCUCUUUUGCACUGCGGGCAUUCGGGUGACUUUCCUUUCCUAAUGUUCUGCCUAGGGCAAAGAAAACAAAUAAAAUAUACAUCUUGGGAA